AAGUCAAGAAUAAAGGUAAAAUGCUUUCUUAGUGGUGAAUUUACACAUUUCUUAUACGGAUAUCGUAUUCCCUUGUAUCCUCUUGACAACAGAACUAUCAAUUAAUAUUCAACGCUGAAUGUAGACCUGUUGCCAGACACCAAUUUUGAUUCCCCACGUAAGUGGCCGCAGUGGCAGAGUCUUCCUCCAGAGUCAAGAGAAGAGAGGUCGGCCCCCCCGGGCCUCGGGAGACAAGCACCAAUCUUGCAAAGCCACGUUUCAAGAACUGCAGGAAACUGCACAAUUUUUGUGAGCGACGAUGUCAAUAAGAGCGUUGAUUGGUGGGGGGUUAUUGGUGUCUGGGCGGGUGGGUGGAGGGGGGAGCUGGUGGGCCACUUCCAGCUACUGCUACAGGUCGCCGUCAUUCCAAUUCCGGAACUGGAAGACGAUGAGCACCACAGCCAGGGACACCCUCAUCUUCAGGCAGCUGUUUGACCGGCAGAGCUGCACGUACACCUACCUGCUGGCUGACCCAGUCACUAGUGAUGCAGUCCUUAUUGACCCUGUCAUCCAACUGGCAGAACGGGAUGCGAACCUCGUCAAAGAUUUAGGAUUAAACCUAAAAUACGUCAUGAACACCCACGUCCAUGCUGACCACAUCACAGGCACCGGCCUACUGAAGAAACUUGUUCCUGGAUGCCAGUCCCUUAUAUCAAAGGAUUCGGGUGGAAUGGCAGAUGUUAAGGUUGAACCUGGGGAAACUGUUACAUUUGGUGAGCAAGAAUUAGAGGUUCGAAAAACACCAGGCCACACAAAUGGGUGUGUAACGUAUGUGAACCACGCUCAAAAACUUGCUUUCACCGGUGAUGCCUUGCUGAUACGUGGCUGUGGAAGAACUGAUUUCCAAGAAGGGUCUUCAGAGACACUGUAUGAUUCGGUACACUCCCAGAUUUUCAGCCUUCCUGAUGAUUACUUGCUCUAUCCUGCCCAUGAUUAUAAUGGCCAAACUGUAACGACUGUAGCAGAGGAGAAAAACUUCAAUCCAAGGCUUACAAAGUCCAAGGAAGAAUUUAUUGACAUUAUGGAUAACCUUGGGUUGCCAUACCCUGAGCAAAUAGAUGAAGCUCUGCCUGCAAACAAAGUGUGUGGAUUGUAUAAUCUACCAGAGGACCUGGCUGAAAAGUUAAAUGCCGAAUAACAGCAUUAAUUGAAUUACCAUUUAUCUUUCAUAGAUAAAUAUUUAGACCACAAAGAAGUAAUUUAAAUGUAAAUGUACAGUAAUCUUGUAUUAGUAUACUGUACAGUUGUUCGAAAGUAAGCACAGUAGUGUAUAUAGGUACUGGUAUUGGAAAUACAGUAACUACAUGUACAGUAAUUCAGAGUGCGUGUGUGUGUUACACUGUUCUAAACAGAGGGAUAGUAUUGCUAUUUACUUGUACAGUGUGUGUGUAAUUUUAGAAAAUACUUUAACAUGUUCUGUUACACUCUACUGCUAACUCACAAUGAAUAAACUUUUUAAACUUCUUUAAAUGCAUAAAUGUAGAAUUUUCUUGUUUAAACAAAAUUAGCUGAUUGGAAGUAAUGAGAAUUGAUCCUUCAAAAUCUUCAUUAUCAAUCCUUUGUACAACACUGCUUGUUACAAAUCUGUUUUCUAACUGUAAUUUUAAAUCAUUGAUAUCAUUCAGAUUACACAACUUCUUAUUAUUACAACUCUUCUUUUUCUAUAAAGUUCAUUAGAGAAAUAAGGAAAUGGGUUGUUGGAUUCAUCGUAUCCCUGGUCUGUUGUACCACUGUCUUUCUGAUCUAUCUUGCUCUUCUUCAUACUUCUGCUCUUCCUCGUUUUUCAUUUUUUUUUUCUUUUAAGAUUUUUCUCAGACUGGUUGCUGCUGCAUAUAGACCAAAGAGUGUCCUGAUAUUGGUGGUGAGAUGAAAAGAAUGGUGUGGGUAGAUUUUGUGAAGACAGAAUGUGAGUGGUGUAUAAUCAUAUGUGAGGGCGCAUCUCUCGCACUCUGGAUCCAAGUAGUGUCUGGGGCCUUCUUGGAUCUGUAGCACAAGACUGUUACGUUAUUGUAGAUAGUUUAGUGGUUUGAUAUUUAUUUAGUCUUGGUUACAGCAGUCAGUUUUUGGCAGAGUCAUAGACAUUGAGAUGAAGCCUGGAGCAGUGCUGAGUGUGGCUAGUCGUGAAGCUUGAUACAGGACGAGUGUGUGGCAGUUCGAUGCAGGAUGAGAGCAUGGACACUAGAGGUGGCAGAGAUCGUGGGAGCUCUAUGGGGAACAAGUGUGAAACCUCGAUGCGGUCGGUGUCUGCUGUGUCGAAGCUGAAGCGUCUUGGAGUCGAUUGGAACUGAAUACUCAGAGUGCUACAUUCUUGAGGUUGAAGGUGUGUGGAAACUCCUAAGCGUCUGUACUUAAGUUAACUGAACCACUGUGGAGAUUAUACCGAUGAUUACUCGCCUCUUGAUUGCUCAUGUUAUCAAACCACACCUUGUCUUAUCGUCCUCCAAUAGGUUAGAAGGAAUGUUAACUGUAAUUAGGGAAGAGGUAUGAGUUUUCUCAUUAAGCUAAUGAGUUUGGAGCAAGUAUAUUAUUUACAUAAUAUACAAUAUACAGUACAUGAUUGCUGACCUGGAACGAUCCUUUCCCUUUACUAGUCUGUUAUCACCACUACGAAUCUCUUUAUAAAUUUUUCUUCAUACAUCUGAAAAUCUACAUCUUCAGAAACCUUGUCCAAACUCGACAGAUUUUGUUUUUACAAUGCCUGUGAUUGCAAAAAUACCUUCCUCUGUUUUAGGGAUAGUCAUGCCACAACUAUAGGACAAAAUGAAGACAACUUGAGUGGUGUAGUGUCACUUAUCACUUACAACAUAAGUGAUGAGUGUCCCGAGAUCGGUGGUCGGAUGAAAUGGAUGGUGUGGGCAGAUUUUGAGAGUACACUUUGAGUGGUGUAUAAUCAUAAGAGGAGUGUGUAGGCGCAUCCCUUGCACUUGGGAUCCUAGGAGUGUCUGUGGCCUCUGAUCGCAUUGUAACGGUUCUAUUGUU